GAAUGCCACUCAUUAAACUAAACUCACCCAUCCCAGUCCCCCUUCCCAAAGAAGUUCAGAAAUGCGCAAAGAUCCUUGAGUCCUUCGUCGACUCGUCCAACAACGGACUGGACGGUGUCAUUCCACGUCAAGUCCUUCAGAACGCUAAAGGGUUCGCAAUCUUUACCGUCUUCAAAGCAGGAUUCGUUGUCUCCGCUCGCGCCGGGAGCGGAGUCGUCAUCGCCAGACUGAACGAUGGGUCCUGGUCUGCACCCAGCGCAAUAGGCACCGCGGGUAUGGGAUUCGGUGGUCAGGCAGGCGCGGAAGUCACCGAUUUCCUGGUCGUUCUGAAUUCCCGGUCGGCUGUCCGAAGCUUUAUGAGCGCGGGAUCUCUCACCCUCGGCGGUAACAUGUCUAUUGCCGUUGGCCCUUUGGGCAGGAAUGGCGAAGCUUCUGGCUCACUCAACACCAAUGGCAAACUCGCAACCAUGUACUCGUACUCUAAAACCAAGGGUCUUUUCGGUGGGGUCUCCAUCGAAGGGUCAAUCCUUGUCGAACGCCAGGAUGCGAACGCUAACGCCUAUCGUGCUGACGUCACUGCACAGCAACUCUUGAGUGGGGCCGUCCCCCCUCCCUAUUGGGCUGAGCCGCUCAUCCGCGCACUGGAAGCAUGCACGGGCCUGCCCGGCGGAAGGAAAUGGAUCAACGAAGAUAUGGACGACUGGAUCGCCAGCCCGAACCCGUACAACCCUAGUAGGAUGGGCGGGGGAUAUGAGUUCGGCGGGAUUGGCACUCCGCCGCCAGAUCGCCAUAAUCGGAGACGGUCGCUCUCCAGCUCACUCUCCCGGAAGUCUCACGAAGAUGAGUACUUCCCCGAGGUGCCAGACCAUGAUUUUACUGCUGUAUCACCUCGUCCCGGCGUGACCAGACGGCGUAGUCUCUUCGGCAGCAAGGGGAGCAGGAACAACGCCUACUUCAACAAGCAGCUCGAGAUCGAUGGCUAUAGCGUGCCCAAUCGUGGACACGACAACGACGUCGACAGUAAGCCAUCCUCCGAAUCCUUCGGGAGCUCAGAGUCCUCUGCCAGGGGUCCGCAUGCGCGUGAGCGGGCAGGCAGUUUGAGCAGGUUCUGCAGCCUCAGUCUACGCCCAAGAUCUCGCUCUAGUCGAUCCACCCCUGGAUUGCCUAGGGAUAGGGACGAUGAUGAUCCCUGGAACGAGGAGGGGUAUUUUCUGAACGAGAAGGAUGAAGGGCGCCGGCGGUCAGAAGGAAACGAGUGGGAUGAGUGGGAGCCGGAGCCCGACCCGAACUACUCUUACAAGAUAUACAAGCCCAGGUCCCGCGUGGACAAGGCAGUGGUGGACGAGUUCGAUCCGUAUGCGCCUAGCAAGGCGUACACGACCCCUAGUGCCCACCCGCCGACCUCACAGCUUCACCCGCCCCCGCCUGUCAAUGACUUCAGCGAAACCGACGAGGCGACUCCGUUUGGUGACGAGCUGGAGCUCGAAUCAAAGCCUAGGCCAACCAGGCAACUGAGCAACAAGACAGAUUUGAAAGCGCCUGAUCUCGGCUUGGGCAAGGGCAUCGCGUUGUACAACUUCGAGGCUCAGCAGUCGGGAGACUUGGGGUUCAGGAGGGGAGAUGUGAUUGUCAUUACGAAGAAGUCUCAGUCGACGGACGACUGGUGGACAGGAAGGAUAGGCGGCAAGGCGGGCAUGUUCCCGGCUAAUUAUGUAGAGGUGGUCUGAGCAUAACACCUCGAAGGCCUUUGAAAAUUGAGGGUUCUGUACACGGUGCUGUUGUAUGAGUGAAUAUCUUGGAGUUGGAUCGGAAAUAUG